AUGUCUACCGAUUCAACCACACCGAUACCGUCCUCAUCACGUCUCUUGGAAGCUGCUAGGCCGUUAUUCGAUCGACUGAAGAGCUCUUCCAUCGACCGUCGACGCAGGGCAUCCUCAGAAUCGAUUUCAGUCGACCACACUACAUCCAGUUUAUCCUCCGUCGACCAGGAAUGGGAAGAAAACAUUCGGCAACUCCAUCUUCUGAUCGAUGUGAUCUUGUUGCCGUUCAUCGGAAAAUGGCUCGGUCGGAAAACAGCGUCUUGGCUCUAUGCUCGUUACACUCAAGGCUUCGCAAACAAGGCAAUUAACUCAUUAGGAAUAAUUCAAUGGAUCACUAGUCGGAAAUGA